CAGGGCAUCUUCGGUAAGAGUCACAUAUGCGGCGGAUCGCUGAGGGACGCCAACUAUGUCAUCACUGCGGCUCAUUGCUGUGACGGGUCGGCUGCGAGCUCCCUGUUCGUGCACUUGGGUGGCUUAGACCGCACCAAACUGUCCCAACAGAUAAACGUGGCGACCGUCGAAAAGCACGGCCAAUACAGCUCCAGUACUAUUGACUACGACUACUGUCUACUGAAGUUGGCCUCAGCCGCCCAGACUGGUAAUGGCGUGUCGACCAUCCCAUUGGCCACCGCAGCCCCGGCUGACGGAGCCGCUGCCCAGUUGACCGGUUGGGGAAAGACAUCGGGCAGUUCCAGUGCACUGCCCACUGCCCUACAGUACGCCACCUUCACAAUCGUGUCGCAGAGUCGAUGCAACGGCAAGUGGUCUGACGUGAACACCGUUACCCCCAGAAUGAUCUGCGCUGAGAACAAAGCCGCCAGCGGUUGCAACGGUGACUCUGGUGGACCGUUAGUAUCUGGUGGCAAAUUGGUCGGUAUUGUCUCGUGGGGUGCGAAUGGAUGUCCGGCGGACACCACUGUUAGGCCGACAGUCUAUGCGGAUGUGGCCAACCAGAAUGCCUGGUUGUCUCGAAAUAUCUAAUUAUCAUAAUUAUAAUAUACUUAAUGUACGGCCGAUGGACACGACUCUUGGAAACAUACUUUUUCAUUGAAUAUAAAUUAAUUUUAAAUGUUAUCAAAAUUGUUUUGGAAAAUAAUUGUUAUUUUGUUAUAAUUUUUGUUUCACUUUUGACGAGCAUUCCUAUCAUUCACCGAAUAUUCAAUUGUUUUUGAGUUAUUAUUUUGUAAGCAUUUAUGAAUUGGUAAUUAAAAAUAAUAAAUAUUUCUGGAUGAUAAA